AUGGCUCAUCGCAUACCCCUCACCGUUGUCUUUCUUUUCUCCGCCGCCUGCGCCUCCUCCGCCGCCUCACUUGCUCCGUCCGAGGAUGACAACCCGAACCUGCCUAACACGAACCCGUUUAGUUCGACCGACCCAGCCUUCCUCCAAGCUCUCGGCACCUCCUUUUAUGCCACUCGCUUCGCACUCUUCGCCCAACGUUAUGGGAAAAGCUACGAGUCUGUGCAUGAACUCCGGAGAAGGUUUGGGAUCUUCAAGCAGAAUUUUGAGCAAAUCAGGGCCACCAAUCGGAAGGGUCUAUCGUACAGUGUAUCCGUCAACCACUUCGCUGACUUGACGUGGGAGGAGUUCAGGGCGAGCUGGCUGGGAGGAACAUCGCUGAACUGCUCGGCAGGUCUAAAACCAAAGCAUAUAUUGAACAAGAAGAAGCUCCCGAAGGAGAAGGACUGGAGGAAGGAUGGAAUAGUGAGCCAUGUGAAGAACCAAGGCGACUGUGGAUCCUGCUGGGCGUUUAGCGCAACUGGAGCAAUAGAGGCGGCAUUCACGCAACUAACUGGAAAGGCUAUAUCUCUAUCAGAGCAGCAGCUUAUAGAUUGUUCCCUUAAAUACAACAAUUUUGGAUGCAGCGGAGGCUUUCCUUCCCAAGCUUUUCAGUACGUUAAGGAUAAUGGCGGUAUUGAAGCAGAGAAAACUUACCCUUAUUUGGCUGCUAAUGGUAAAUGUAGAUUUAAGAAAGAGAACGUGCGUGCAAAGGUUAUUGGUUCAGUUAACAUCACACAGGGUGACGAGGAUGAGCUCAAGCACGCAGUGGGAAUUGUAAGACCAGUUACCGUUGGAAUUGAUGUAGUCCCUGACUUCAGAUUUUACAAGAAAGGAGUUUUCAGCAGUGACACCUGCGGGAGUUCUCCAGAUGAUUUGAAUCAUGCAGUUUUAGUCGUUGGAUAUGGCGUAGAAGAUGGCAUACCUUACUGGCUUAUCAAAAAUUCUUGGGGGAAAAAAUGGGGCGAUAAUGGCUUCUUCAAGAUUGAGUCAGGCAAGAACAUGUGCGGUGUUGCUACUUGUGCAACUUACCCUAAUGUUGCUGCAGCUUAA